GCCGCCCCAUCUCGGCCAGUCCAACGGCCGCAGCUCCCCGGGAAAAUCGGAUGGAAAAGUGCGCCGAUCCUAAUCAGAGGCGCCGAUUCUGCCCGGCAAUUCGCCUCAAUCCCGUUAAGAAGAAUCAGAUGCAUUCUUCUGUAAAUUGUUCACGUGCCUUGGAACUGAUUAGGCCAACAGUCUUUAAAGUUGCCAUCAAGAAAAAAUAUGAAAUUGGACCAACUGACCAAUACUUGUCUAUCACUAGUUCACACAAAUCUCCUGAAUCCUCUCAACUGCGUAGAGGUAAAGUAGCAUGGACCAAUACAACUGCAACAAUAAAAGGACACAUUCAGCCCAAGCCUAAACCAGACAGUCGAAGAUGUUCCUUCAGAUCAACAGAGCCAAAAAGCAACGCACCAGCUGAGAACAGAAUACCCCAAAUUACAGCAUAUGGAAUAAAGUGUGACCUUCUGCAAAAAACAAGCAGCAGAGGAUCUUUAUGCCAAAGCCCCACAUUAAUAAGGAAUGUAUCAGCACUUGGAGGCGGAGGAAUUGUUCAGAAUUUAGACAACGAACUAGAAAUGCUUAUUCAGCAGAUUAUCGAUGAUCAGGAUCUUAUAAGAAAACACAAACUAAGUACUAACCAGGAUGCUGACGACCAUCUUUCAAGGAAAGAGGAUAUUGGGGUAGAGGCAUCAUGUGAAAUAGAUGUUUCAUCUAGAUUUCACGAUUUAGAAUUUCAGGAGAGCAAAGUAAAUGCUCGAGAAACACUUCAUCUUUAUCUGCCCAGCCUUGACAUUCAAGAAGAGGAGGACUAUCCAACAGCAAGGGAACCAGAUGCCGGAGUUUCACAGACGUCAGAAGAAUCAACUGAAGACAUGAAAAUUAAAGGAAAAGAUAAAAAUAUUAAUAAAAUUCAACAGUCAAACAGGAUCAAACGUUCUGCUUGGGCAUGUCAGCCUGGUGGUGAACUGAAAGGUCAAAUGCAAAAGAGACCAAGUGAAAAGAAAUAUGCUCAUCCUACUUCAGUUACUUGUUACUUUGUAGAUACAAAAACAUAUAGUGAGGCAUUUCAAGAUCGCCAAAAUGGAUUAGAUGAAAUACAACCAAUAAAGCACAAUAGCAGAAAUGAUGCAAUGCUUGACUUAAAGAUCUACGAUUUGGAAGCAGAAUCAGACGAUGGUCAUGCUGUCCAGGAGAACUCUCAAAACAAUUCAAAUCCCAGGUCCAAAGAGAAUCCUACUCCUGUUACUGUUGUCGAGAAUGACAGAGAGAGAACAAAGAUACAUAUUCAACGCAAUAAUUUGGUAUUCAAUACAAAAAAAUCUGCUGUUACUGCCUUGCCCAUGGCCAGACAUCUGACCAUUAGGCAAAACUACUAAUUUCCCAGUUCACAUCACCAGUUAGCAGGCAGUAGUAUUUGCCGACUUAACUUAGAGACAUUUAAAGGUAAAUUUAAUAAAGGCAUUUAAUAUUAUGAGGGUUUUUGAUAAUAAAUAAAGUAGAAAAUAUUAAUGUUGAUGCAAGGAUUGAAAUAAGGACACCCAUUUAAGACAUUUACUAAAAAGAGCUAAAUAGUAAAACUAAAUUUCUUCAAGAAUGGAACUCAUUGCUUGACAGGGAAAUACACUCAAUGAUAAAUUUCAAAAAGAAAUUUAAAAUAUAGAGAAGAAAAAUUGCAAGCAGGAAAAAAAAAAGCAUGGGAGCAGAAUUAUUUGGUACACUCUUUCAAUGAGCUGACACGGGCAAAAUGAGGCACAUAGUUUCAGUCAAUACUGUAUAAUUUUCCAUGUUGUGAAGAUUUAUUUUUAAAAGGUUUAUUUUAAAGUUGGAAUGGACGAUGACAUUCGAGGUGAAAUAUAAUUUAGGUAGUGAUGUCUUUUAUUGAUGUCACUAUAGGAAGAAUUAGCAAACUGAUUACAAAGCAUCCAAAUAUUUAUAAACACAUGGUAAAAUCAUGUAUUGAGCAGCUUAUGAAGUGUAGAUCCACAAAUGAAAUACGAGAAACAUCCUUGUUAGUUGCCAUCUAGCAUAAUAUUUUGGAACACAUGAUUUAAUGUUAUCCUGAAAAUUAUUAAGAAUUAAACCAGCACCAAUGUCAAAUAUUUACCAAUAAUCCUUAACUGGGAUGUUAGCAGAAGAAACUUCAAUAAUAUUUGUGGAAUAUUUUUCCAUUUGACACAAUUAACUGUUUCUCUGAAAAACUUUUGUAUUUAAUUCUCAUGUUUCGCACCAUCUUCAACCCCCAAUUACAAAUGCAGAGAUGCUUAAGUUUUCACAAGCUAUUAUUUUCCAGUUCUUUAACUAUACACAGAGCUUGUUAUGUUGCAUUCUGCGUUUUAUUCCAGUAUUGAAAGGUAGAAGAAAUAUUAAUCGGUUGGUCAUGUUAAGAUUAAUUUGUCAAAAUGAUUUGGUUAUGCAGUAGUCAACACCAGAGCACAACAAUAUACAUGUCUGAAUCAGCUUUGAGAAAAAAAAAUGCAAUAAGCAUGGUGUCUUUUUUUUAAUUUGUUGGUGUCUUUACAUGUAUCCCAUAAAUAUUUUUUCAAUGAUACUAUUAUUAUGGUGAUAAAGAUCUAAACCAUUGUCUAGUAUUCAUACAGAUAAUCUUCUACAACUUCUAUGCAUUUAUUCAGGCACAAACCCAUGCAGAAUAAAUAACAAUGGGCAGAAUUGCAUGAAAGAGACUUGCGUGAUAACCGCAGAAAGAGAAUGGUCCAUUAAGCUACCCAGCAUACAUUAGCCAGCUAUUCUCUGGAUAGUGUGUUCUCAAUUACAUGAUGUCUGCACAAAUGGAUGCAAAAAAUUAAAGGAGGAUAUUAAUAUUUUGCCAACCUCUACUCUGCUGAUUUCAAAAAUGAAAACGCCCAUUACUACAUAUUUCUGUUUAAGAAAACCGUAUAAUUAAUUCAAUGGACAUUGCAAAACAGUACAGAAAUGUGUAUCUACCUGUUGAAUUACAACUUUAUUUUAAAUGUACAUUCAUAAUAUGUGUUGUUCUCAGAAAAUCAAUGGAUGUGAUUUGUUUUUUUGUAAACAGACAGCCGUUUAACUAUGUAUUGUGUAUUCCACUAUCAUCCGUUUAAUUUCACCGUUUUAAUAGUUGGGCAAAGCAACUAUUUAGCCAACUAAUUUAGUCCGAUGUUCUUCAGCCAGAAUCCCCAUUGAAAUGGAUGAAGUUCCAUAUGAGACUAUUAUUCUAUAAGAAAUAUUCAAUAUUAUUUACAACAAUGUUUGUAGAAUUUUAAUGAAAUAAGAAAAUAAUAAAUGCUUUGAUAGCAAGAAGAUAGUUCUGGAGUGGUCUGAUUAAUAACGUGAACAGAGAAACAGAGUAGGAUUUAUGGAUAAUAGACAAUAGGUGCAUUCAGCCCUUCAAGCCAGCACCACCAUUCACUGUGAUCAUGGCUGAUCAUGCAUGAUUAGAAUGUUUACAAGUGACAUUAAACUGGGAAGUAUCAUAGAUAGUGAAGAUAGAAUAGAAUGCAAUUUAUUGUCAUUCAAACCUAGGUUUGAACGAAAUAUAAUUUCUACAGUUUUGUUUUUACAUUACAAAACAAUCCUAAGACCCACACUUAACACAGUUUACAUAAACAUCCAUCACAGUGAGUCUCCAACAUCUCCUCACUGUGAUGGAAGGCAAAAUCUUUAUCUCUUCCCUUUGUUCCUUCUCCCGUGGUUCAGCAGUCCAACUGCAGUGUCGAGGCGAACUGGGGCUCCGAUGUUA